GUCCCAAAAACGAAGAAAAGAGUCCGAAACGAGGAGGAGAGCGAGCGAUCGGUGGGGGGGUGGGGGGGAGAGAGAGAGUUGGGUUCUUCAAUCUCUGAUUCCAAGCGGUGGAGACGGUGAGAGUGGAUUCCGGGGAGAGAAAUUGAAGCGAAAUCGGAAUGCGGGGUGAUUUCUAGAGAGAGAAAGCGCGAUGGAGUGAGCAAUGGAGGAAGAAGCGCCGUGGAUUUUGUCGGACAACUCGUUUCCUACACUCGCCUGAAUCUGAAUUUCGAGCUCUUAUCGGAUAGCUCCCACUAGGUUUGAGUCUUGGGUGAUGCCCGUGACCUCGAAUAAAACCGGGAUUGGGUCGGGUUGAGCUUUGGGAGAGAGUAAUUUGGGAGUUCGAGUUUUGGAAAAUUGGGGGCUUACUUGGUCUCGGGGAGGGGUUUGGUUGGUGGGUUUGGACUUCGUGGUUGAAAAAUGGAAGUUUUUGCUUUACUGUAGGAUAGAUUGGAUUAGGUUUAGGGUUUUGUGGACUGAACUUUCAAAAUUUAUGCAGUUGGUUUUGGAGGGAGAGUUAGUUGGAAAUUGGGAUCUCCUGUUCUGGACUCUUGAGGCCUUCAAGCUUUUCAACCUUUGGCUUGGGCUUCUCACGAUGUGCUUCUCUUCGGCAUUGCCGGGUUUGCUCGGCGAGGGACUGAGACUCGUUUGGAAGAUGGGUUUUUGGAAGAAGAGUAAAACCCUAAUUUAGUUGUGCAAUUGGGGUCUUCAGAUUUUGUCCUUGGGCGGUGGAAAUUUUGUGAUUUGUUUCUGUGUAUGGACCCUAUGUGUCGAGAAAUGCAACCGCCGGCAAAUCAGCAGCAGCGCAUCGAUCUUACUGAAUUGAAAGCGCAGAUAGUUAAGAAAGUUGGGCCAGAUGGAUCAAAGCUUUAUUUUAACUAUCUGAAUAUGUUUCUGAAUUUGUUGAUGAGCAAGGUUGAGUUCAACAAGCUUUGCAUUCAGAUUCUUGGGAGAGAGAAUAUUCCGCUGCAUAAUCACUUUAUUCGUUCGAUCCUGAAAAAUGCCUGUAGUGCGAAAGUUCCACCGGCAAUAUAUGGGAAGGAACUUUUGAAGCCUGUUGUUGGGGUAGUUGGAAAUGAAGAGCCUCCAAGAGAUGGGAACUCGCAAAAUAUGCCAAAUCCGUCAAGUUUGUCCAAUGGAGACAUUUUGCCACCUCGGAAGGGUAGGGCAGUUAGUCAUGAUCAGGAGGGUUUGGAUCAUUCCAAUGGUUUGGGACCUAGUGGGAAGAAUCGGCAAUCACUUUCUGGUUACGAUAGUACUUCUAUGGAAAAUGGGGCUCUGACUCCACGCAUUAUUCAAAGACAGGUGCAGCAUCAUCAAGAACUCACAGCGCAUGCAGGAAGUAAGGCAGAUGGUUCAACUUCUGUACACAGCGGAUGCCCAGUUUCUGAGGGUAGGAAAGAGGCCACUCGUUGGAGUGAUAUCGAAGCUCCACUUGGCAUUCCAUUUUGCCCUGUUAGUGCUGGUGGAGCCCGGAGAGUGAAGCCUCUCCUAAGGAGUACUAAUUGUUUUGGCCAAUUAACCGGUGGUGGUUUGUUGUAUCCCAGAGCAGUAAGGGAGCGUGUCAAGCAGAUUGCUAGAAUUCAGGGCCUCCAAGGAGCUACAAUGGAGUGUAGUGAUGUGUUGAACAAUGGUUUGGAUGCUUAUUUGAAGGGGUUGAUAAAGUCUAGCAGUCAACUGGCGGGAACAAGGUCAAGCCUUGAACCAACAAAGAGCAGUAUGCACAGGCACCAGGCUCAUCCGAAGCUUGUUAAUGGUGUCAGGCUGGAUCUUCACCAUCAUGCGCCAAGCAGCAGUAGGCUUAUGGGAAGCAUACAAGAGACUAAACCCUAUUAUGCAAUAUCCUCAGUAGAUUUCAGAGCCGCAAUGGAGGUGAAGCCGGAGCAGCUUGGUGAAGACUGGCCAUCACUGCUGGAGCAAAUAUCCUGGCCUCCAUUUGGGGGAGGAAUAGAACAUGAGACCAAAAUGCAGUGAUUCUGAUCCAAUUUAUUUGGACACUGCUGAUGCAAAUGGCGUGCUGCCUCUUAGGGGACCUGUGGGCAAGUUGGUGCUGGAAUUUCAUUUCAAUUGCCUUUCUGAUGUUGCCUUGAUGAGAAAAGCUCAGGCCUUUACAACAUGAUCGGGUUUGGAGCAGGAAACUUUGAAGUCUUCUAAUCAGAAGCGCGUCCAUAGCUAAAAAUACAGUGUUUAUCAGCAAAAGCAGUUGAAGGAACUUGAAGAAAAAAGCAUUGCAGAUAUAAGCUUCCUUUGUUGUAAUUUUAGUAAGUCUGGCCUCAAGGUUUCUUCUUUCUUUCUCUAUAAUUUACAGCCCAUUAGGGGGAAAAUUAGAAACAGUUUUGCAGGAAUAAUUUAUCUAAUCUGGUAGGAAGCUCAAAUUGCAUGUAAGCGUUCUUGUGAAUUCUCAAUAUUAGGUAAUUAUUGGUAUCUCAGUAUCAAGAAGAAGUUUUGGCA